AGGCGGGCCCGGGCGAGGAGGAUCCGGCCGAGGCGGGAAGGAGGGCGGCCGGGCGCCCCAUCGCGGGGGGUUUGCCCGGGAGGGAGGCAGGCAGGCAGCCAGCGCUUUCCCGCAGGGCUUUCCCCGGGGAUCGAUCUCGGACGGAGCCUCGGCGAUGGGUCCGGUGGGGCUGCAGCUGCUCUCGGGGGCCUGCCUGCUCUUCUCCCUGGGCAUGUUCGGGACUGGCCUGUCUGACCUGAAGCAGAUGUUUGCAACCCAGAGUGUGGAGAACAUCCAGUUCCUGCCGUUCCUCACCACCGAUGUCAAUAAUUUGAGCUGGCUGAGUUACGGCUUCCUGAAGGGAGACUGGACUCUCAUCCUCGUCAACGCUGUGGGUGUGACGUUGCAGACUCUUUACAUCCUGGUCUACUUCUACUUCAGCUCCGAGAAGCGGUCUGUGCUGCUGAAGACCAUGGGCUUAUUGGCAGUGCUCCUUCUCGGUUAUGGCUACUUCAACCUGUUGGUUCCGGAUGUUUCUGUGCGCCUGACGCGCCUGGGUCUCUUCUGCAGCCUCUUCACCAUCACCAUGUACCUCUCACCACUGGCUGACCUGGCCAAGAUCGUGAGGAGCCGCUCCACGCAGUGCCUCUCCUUCCCGCUAACAGUCACGACCUUCCUGGCUUCGGCCUCCUGGACCUUAUAUGGGGUUCUGCUUCAGGAUGUUUACAUUGCGGUCCCCAACGUGCCAGGCAUAGCCACCAGCCUCAUCCGGUUCUGGCUCUUUUGGCGCUUCCCACCGGACCUCAACAAAACCUACAAGUCGCUGCAGGCCUGAGGACCCAGGGAUGGGUUUGUUGACUGCCCUUGGCCAAGGAAGGGGAGAAAGCGCUGAGUCUCAGCUGGGUGUGGCUGCUGCGUCCCAGCUCUCCUUGCGCCCUCAGGAGCCCCCCCCCCGACCAUCCAGACUGCGCAAGUGGACUCCGCGGCAGGAACAAUUCCUCCUCCAUCUUGGGCUGUAUGGUGCAGACUGAAAACCAGGGAGCCAGAGGCCCCCAGUCCUGCCCCAGAGCAGGAAAAGUAUGAAGGAACCAACCCUGCUGCUUUUCCAGGGUACAACAGUGGCCCUCCGGGUGCUGCUGGACUACAACUCCCAUCAUCCCUGCCCAUUGGCCAUGCUGGCUGAUGGGAGCUGGAGUUCUGGAACAUUGUUAACUGCAGCUCCCAUCAUCCCUGCCCAUUGGCCAUGCUGGCUGACGGGAGCUGGAGUCAUGGAACAUUGCUGAACUACAACUCCCAUCAUCCCAACCCAUUGACCAUGCUGGCUGAUGGGAGAUGGAAUCCUGGAACGUUGUUGAACUACAACUCCCAUCAUCCCCGCCCAUCGGCCGUGCUGGUUGAUGGGAGAUGGAGUUCUGGAACAUUGUUGAACUACAACUCCCAUCAUCCCUGACCAUUGCCCGUGCUGGCUGAUGGGAGAUGGAGUCCUGGAACGUUGUUGAACUGCAGCUUCCAUCAUCCCUUGCCCAUUGGCUGUGCUGGUUAGGGGCUGACAUGAACUGGAGUCUCUGAACAUUGUUGAACUACAUCUCCCAUCAUCCCUUGCCCAUUGGCCAUGCUGGCUGACGGGAGCUGGAGUUCUGGAACAUUGUUGAACUACAUCUCCCAUCAUCCCUUGCCCAUUGGCCAUGCUGGCUGACGGGAGCUGGAGUUCUGGAACAUUGUUGAACUACAACUCCCAUCAUACCUCACCAUUGGCUGGAGCUGAUGGGAGAUGGGGUCCAGGAGCAUCCUAACCAGCCACCCACGUUCUUCACCCUAGGCCUAGGAGGUAUAAAAGUGGAGACACCCCCCCGCUCCCCAAAAAGAAAAUGUUGGGGGCCCCCUCGCUUUAAUGCAUUACUUCCAGAAAGCGACUUUCUCCCCCCGUUCUGCGGACAACCGUUUCUGCCGCCCGAGCACUGAGGACUUCACAGUUUCCGCCUCCGUCCUCCGGGAGUGCCUUUUGACCAAGUUCUCUGCCCCUGCUUUCCCCUUCGUCUCACUGCCCCACGAACACCCCCUCCGCCCCUGUCUUCUUCCCCCAGUCUCUGGAGCGAUUCCUCUGCUCUGAGCUCCAGAAGAGGACUUUCCUAAGAAGCUGUGACUUUCCACACGAAGUGCCUUUUAAUAAACCAGGUUGUUUUCUGGGAGGAGAA